AGACUUUCCUAUUGUGCUUUUCAGGAUAAAGCAAGUGAACUGAACUAAAAUAUGGAUUUAGAGCAUGAAGAUUAUUAUAACAGGACACUUACUGAAGAGAAUGUUACUGCUGCCACACAGAAUUCUGAUUUCCCAGUCUGGGAUGACUAUAAAAGUAGUGUAGAUGACCUACAGUAUUUUUUGAUUGGACUCUAUACAUUUGUAAGUCUUCUUGGUUUUAUGGGAAAUCUACUUAUUUUAAUGGCUCUCAUGAGAAAGCGGAAUCAGAAGACAACAGUCAACUUCCUCAUAGGAAAUUUGGCCUUUUCUGACAUCUUAGUUGUGCUGUUUUGCUCACCUUUUACGCUGACCUCUGUCUUGCUAGAUCAGUGGAUGUUUGGCAAAGUUAUGUGCCAUGUUAUGCCUUUCCUUCAAUGUGUGUCAGUUCUUGUUUCAACUUUAAUUUUAAUAUCAAUUGCCAUUGUCAGGUACCAUAUGAUAAAACAUCCUAUAUCUAAUAAUUUAACAGCAAACCAUGGCUAUUUCUUGAUAGCUACUGUGUGGACAUUAGGUUUUGUCAUUUGUUCCCCUGUCCCAGUAUUUCACCGUCUUUUAGAACUGCGGGAAACAUUUGACUCGGCACUAUUGAGUAGUAGGUAUUUAUGUGUGGAAUCAUGGCCAUCAGAUUCAUACAGAAUAGCUUUCACUAUCUCUUUAUUAUUUGUUCAGUAUAUUCUGCCUUUAGUUUGUCUCACUGUCAGUCAUACCAGUGUCUGUAGAAGUGUAAGCUGUGGAUUAUCCAACAAACCAAACAAACAAGAAGAAAAGGAAAUGAUCAACUUAUCUCUUCAUCCUUCCAAUCCAUCCAAAAAGAGUGGGACUCAGUUGAAGUUCACCAGUAGCCAUAAAUGGAGUUACUCGUUCAUUAGAAAACAUAGAAGACGAUACAGUAAAAAGACAGCAUGUGUUUUACCUGCUCCACCAAGACCUCCUCAAGAGAACCAUCUAAGAAUGCUUCCAGAAAAUUUGAGCUGUAUGAGAAGUCAGCCCUGUUCAUCCAAUAAAUUCAUACCAGGAGUCCCAACAUGUUUUGAGAUGAAGCCUGAAGAAAGCUCCAAUGUUCAUGAAAUAAGAGUAAAUCGUUCUAUCAUGCGAAUCAAAAAGAGAUCUCGCAGUGUUUUCUACAGACUGACCAUACUGAUAUUAGUGUUUGCUGUUAGCUGGAUGCCACUACAUCUUUUCCAUGUGGUUACCGAUUUUAAUGCUAACCUUAUUUCAAAUAGGCAUUUCAAGUUGGUGUACUGCAUCUGUCAUUUGUUAGGCAUGAUGUCCUGUUGUCUUAAUCCAAUAUUAUAUGGAUUUCUUAAUAAUGGGAUCAAAACUGAUUUAAUGUCCCUCAUACGCUGCUUUCAUAUGUCAUAAUUUUCACUGUGUACUAAGAAAGAAAAAUAUGGUAGAUUCAUGUCAGAUAUAUUCAUAACAAUGAUGUACAUAUACACAUUUUGUAGUAAAUAUGACAUAUAAUUUGUGUACAAGGGUUCUGGAUUU